AGCGUGCAGUGUCAUCAGUUUGAAUACAACAAAGCGCCAAAGCUAAUCUAACUGCCAAAGCGAAUCACAAAAGCGUAUCCUUGCGACUCUCGUCAAAAGAAAAGUCGAACUCUGUCGAACCAAGUGAAAGUGGAAUUCAUCGUACUGCUGCGUGUUUCUUGUUGAGCGAUUCGAGCAAAAAUGUCGAUCGUACCGAUUUUCUUCCGCAACUGGUGGGACGACGAAUGGGACCGUCCGCUGUGGAACUCCCGCCUGCUGGACCAACACUUCGGUGGCGGUGUGACCGCGGAUGACCUUCUGAACGCUAUGGCUUCGGUGGGCGAUCGUCGACUGCAGCCGCGCCAUCAUCAUCACCAUCUGAACCACCGAUACAGCCGUCCAUGGCACAGCUCGUGUUUGGCCACGAAAAAGGACAGCGGAUCGACGGUGAACGUUACGGGAGACAAGUUCCAGAUUAACCUCGAUGUGCAGCAGUUCUCGCCGGAGGAGAUCUCGGUGAAGUACGUGGACAAAUCGAUCGUGGUGGAGGGCAAGCACGAGGAGAAGCAGGACGAGCAUGGCUACAUCUCGCGCCACUUUGUGCGUCGGUACGUGCUUCCCGAUGGCCACAAUGAGAGCGAUAUUGUGUCGUCGCUGUCGUCGGAUGGCAUUCUGACGAUUACGUGUCCGCGCAAGGAGCUGGAACAGAAGAAACCGGAGCGUGCCAUUCCAAUCACCCACACUGGCCAACCGGCGAAGAAGCUGGCGGCCGCUGGGGACGCUGAGCCGGCCAAGAAGAAUGGAGAGAAGAUGGAAUCAUAAGCUGAUCUCAACAUUGCCAUUUUAUUUUAUUUCAUCGUUAAGCGUUAAGUUAUUCGUCGUGUGAUUAAUAAAGUAUUAUGUUCGUUUCUUAAA